AUGCUCCUAUAUCUUUGCUUCUUUUCCCUUUCUUGCCUCACGUCGGCCACCGCUGCCUUUGACCAAAAGGUCCUCGGACAAACCUAUCCGUUCCCAGAAAAUCUUGGCUCUGCACACGCUGUCCGGACCGCCUCGUCAUACAUCUCCCACGAGUUGCAAAAUGCCUUGGAUACAGGUCUAUCAAAAUUCGGCAACAUCACUGCCAAGACCAACUCACUCUCGGCUACCAUGAUAUCUGCCCAAGACAGCCAGCCCUUCCUAGACUUUCAUUACUCAGCUGCGAAUUUAAACGUCUCGGGGGGCAGUACAAACCGUGUCACCGGGAAUAGUGUAUACCGAAUCGGGAGCAUUUCAAAGCUCUUUACCGUCUAUUCUCUCUUGCUACAUGGUGGUGAAAAGAUCUGGGACAUGCCUGUGACGAAUUAUCUGCCGGAGCUUCGCAAGGCCGUUUCGCAGACGGGAGCAAAUUCCGCAAUCCAUCAUGUGCAGUGGGAUAAGGUCACUAUCGGGGCUCUUGCUUCUCAGCUUGCUGGAAUAGGACGCGACGAGUUCUUUGACGUGCUACUCAAGAGACGGCCCGUUUCAUUGCCUUUCAACACUCCGACAUAUUCCAACGCCGCGUACAGACUUCUCGGAUAUGUCGUUGAAGCGGUAACAGGUACCUCAUACACAGAGGCCGUCGCCAAAUCAGUGUUUCAACCGCUGGGCUUACAAAACACAAGUACAUCUAGUCCCAGGGGUACUGGAGUCGGAGUUAUCCCUCCGGGAAAUUCGGGCUGGGGCCGUCCUUUGGGGGAUGAAGUGUCAACCGGCGGCCUCUAUUCAACAUCCCGAGAUUUGGCCCAAUUUGGACGCGCCCUUCUAAACCACAGACAAUUGUCCCCUCUGCAAACGCGUCGAUGGAUGAAGCCCCAUGCACAUACUGCCUCGCCCUUCUUUUCGGUCGGUGCGCCGUGGGAAAUCUGGCGCACCAGAAGCCAAAUUUCCAGCGGCUACACGAUUGACCUAUACACAAAGUCUGGAAGUGAUGACCAGUAUCAAGCCCUUCUGAUCCUGGUGCCUGAUUACAACAUUGUCGCUUCUUUUCUUUGUGCGGGACCCAAUGCGGGACCUGCUAUUAACAUGGCCGCGGAGGUUGCGCUGCAAUCGAUUCUGCCCGUGUUGGAUAGGGUUUCUCAGAGCCAAGCAGUUCAUCGCUUCGGUGGUCGAUAUGUAUCCUCGGAUGCGAAGAACUCGUCUCUGCUGCUCACGACGGAUCAUCAGGGGCCAGGGCUGCUUGUAAAGGAGUGGCUUAGCAACGGCGUCAAUGUUCAGGAGGCAGCUCAGGCUUACUCGGAUGGGACAGGAGGUGGGACUAUCAAAUCCAUACGGUUGUAUCCCUUUAUUACGAAUACUGAGGAUGCAUCGUCGACUGGUUCGAGUGGUACCCAGGUGUCCUUUCGCGCGAUUCUUGAAACUGAACCUGUCAACUACGAUCCCGGAGUUUUGCGUAUACUCAACGCGGACGCAGGGCAAUGGGGCCGUAUUGACCAGCUCAUGUACGGCGAAAUUGCCGUCGAUGACUUUAUAUUUCAGCUGGAUGGUCACGGUAUUGCCACGGCUGUUCAGCCACGCGUAAUGCGUGAUACCCUGAAGCGAGUGUAG